AAAUUACACUAUCGCGUUGCUUACCGCUGCAUUUAGAAAUUAGUUUUAUGAAUGAAUAUCACUCGUAUUAAGGUUAAAUGAGCAUAGUUUUGACGUAAUGUCCAGAAAAUCGGAUCCGGAUAGAUUCAAUGUCACGAAGGAUGCUCUGCUUCCUGGCGUGUUCCUCGCCCUACUUGUGCGGUGGUGUGUAGCAGCCUACCCGUAUUCCGGUCAGAAAAAACCGCCGAUGUUUGGAGAUUAUGAAGCGCAGCGACAUUGGCAAGAGAUAACUGUGCAUUUGCAGGUUAAGAAUUGGUAUCACAAUACCACGCAAAACGACCUCCAGUACUGGGGUUUGGAUUACCCGCCGCUCACGGCGUACCACAGUUUGUUGAUGGGCUUGGUGGCGGAAUGGAUUGACCCAGAAUCAGUGAGACUAUUUGCUUCGAGAGGUUAUGAAGGUGAUGCUCACAAAACAUUCAUGAGGUGGACAGUUUUCCUCAGUGAUUUGUAUUUCUAUGUUACAGCUGUACUCUGUUUAUGCAUAGAUGGAGAGAGAGUGAAGCCCAAAGAUCAGAAAAAUGUGUUCAAGAGAAUGGACAUUGCGACUAUAAUAUUUCUGUUGUAUCCCGGCUUGAUUCUUAUAGAUCAUGGGCAUUUUCAGUACAACUGUGUGUCUUUAGGGUUGUUCUUGUGGGCUGCAUUUUUUAUAGUGGCCAUAGAGAAUGAUAUAUUAGCGACCAUAUUUUUUGUUCUGGCCCUAAACUAUAAACAGAUGGAGUUGUAUCAUGCAUUGCCAUUAUUCUGUUAUUUGUUACGUAAAUGCUUCAUAGGUUUGCAUCCUAAAGGUCGGAUUAAGCAUAUUAUUAAUAAUUUCAACAAAUUAGCUGUGGCAGUGAUAACCUGUUUUAUUCUAAUUUGGUUUCCUUUUACGAAGUCUUGGAAGGAUAUAUUCCAAGUGGUGCACCGAGUGUUUCCCUUGAAAAGAGGUGUUUUUGAGGACAAAGUUUCUAAUGUGUGGUGUUUUAUUAAUGUAUUUGUUAAACUUAAAACAGUUUACACAAAUGAGGAUAUGGCACAGAUGUGUUUGGUCUCGACAGCGGCGGUUGCACUCCCCUCUUGUUUAGACUUGUUCUUCCGAAUUAACAAGAAAAAAUUUGUCCUAUCGCUUAUUAAUGUUUCACUUGCAUUUUUCCUAUUUUCCUUUCAAGUACAUGAGAAAAGUAUACUCCUAGUGGCUAUACCGGUCGCCAUGCACUUCCCCGAAGAUCCUUUCAUGUGUUUUUGGUUUCUACUCGUAUCUUCCUUCAGUAUGCUGCCUCUACUCUUGAAAGAUGGCUUGUUAAUCCCUUUUGUGGCCACACAUGUCAUCUAUAUAUGCUUCUACAGCAUAUCAAUUAAGUUAGCACAGCCAAAUGCAGGUUUUUUCUCAUUUUUCAAUGCGAAACGUUUGGCAAAGGCUGUACAGGGUGCGGAAAAUGAGAAUUCUGUUUUGGUCAACCUUUUGAGUGUGAAUUUCUUCUUCUCUUUCCUGGGUAUGGUCUUCAUGACAGUUGCUUCAGUAGUUAUAGUACCACCACCUUCAUACCCUGAUUUGUUCCCAUUAAUGAUAUCCGUAUACUGUUGUUCACAUUUCUUGCUGUUCUUCAUAUAUUUCAACCAUCAGCAGCUGUCUCUCCCUGUUAGUUUGCCAGCAGUAACCAAAGUGAAAAGUAAAUAAUAGUAGCUAAUAAUAAGUAGUUGAAACUUUUACAUUCCUAA